AGGAUUCGCCCACUUCCGUCACACAAAUCGAUCCGCUACUCGGACUCGGAGAAGAGAGACAACGCACGCCACGUACGAUGCACGAGUUGACCAUCUUGUUGCUCCUGCUGCUGGGCUGCUGGGAGGCCGAGGAGUCAAGACUCCCGUCGGCCGAAGCGUCGCCCUGCCUGGCCCCGCCGCAGUGGGAGGGGAGGUGGGUCGUGUACGACCACGGCAGCGGGAGAAACACCCGGGCCGCGGUGUCCUAUGACGGCCAGAACCACAGACUGCGAGUGCUGGAGCAGCACAAGAAGCACACUCCUUGUCAGAGGUACUAUGAGUUCAUCUACCUGUACGAGAGUAUGGUGAUGUUCCGGAUCGACCAGAAGACGGGGGAAUGCGCCAAGAUGGAGCUGACCGAGGCGUGGGACCCCUUCGACAUCCCCGACAACUCAACCUACGAGGACCAGUACAUCAUCGGGGGGCCCGGCGACAACGUGGAGGUGCAGGAGUGGUCGGACAGGAAGCCGGCCAGGAAACACGAGACCUGGGUUGGUGUGUACACGCUGCGUGACUGCUACCCGGUCCAGGAGACGUACAUCAGGAACAGCAGCGUGACUACCUCCACGCGGUUCUUCAACCUGAAGCUGGGCAUCAGCGACCCCAACGUCUUCACGCCGCCGCCCGGAUGCGAAGCGGCGGUUGACGCCACGGUCCAGACGUUCUGUUGAGCUGCCUCUACUUCAAAACAGACGCCAGCAAACACCCAAAAUGUCUUUUUCUGUUUUUCAGUUGGCGGAAUAAGCCAAUAAUAUAUCAAGCAGUACGUGACAAUAAAGCAGGCGAUUCUUACACAA